CUAUCUCUAUGAUUCUAUGAAUUCACCAGCCUGGUGCUGGCAGGGAGAGGGAGAUGCCCAUGCUCCAGCCUUUCUUGGCCACAGCAGAAAAGAUGGAGGGAAACCAAGCCACCUCCCCAAACCCUAUGCAGUCCCUGCCUGCAGCCUGUUGGGGCUGGCAGGAUGGCAAGGGGAGACAGGGAGAGUGGGAGGAUGGAGGUGGCUCCCUGGCCUUGAUCCCAGCUGGUAAGAGAGUAGAGGAAGAGUUAUUGCUGAGCAGGGCGGUGCAAAGCAGAGGGCACUUGGCAGUGGGUAAUAAACCAUCUGUGUCAGUGCAGGGCAACCUGAGCUGCCUCAGCGUGUCCCUGGUCCCCGCCCGGCAGGGAAGGUGUGCACUCUCUGCCAGCCCUCCAAUCCGGCCACGGUGGGAGUCACAGGAAAAAAUGCUCCUGCCAUAUUGCCCCGCACCUGCUUUCUUCCCUGACCUGCUGGAGACAAGGCAAAAUGGCUCCUUCCUCUGUGAUGUCCCAGCCAAGCUCCCUGCUGAGAUUGGCAGAGGCCAACGGGCAAGGAGCCGAAGUCCCUGUGCCCGCAGCGAGCACGGGAAUGAGCCAUGGGAAGCCCGGGGAAGCCUGAGCCGGCCAUCCCCUGCCCAGAAUUACACGAUUGCAGCAUCUUCUGGAGGGGUGGGUUCUGAUUUUCUUUUGUCAGGUGUAAAACACCCUGUGUGUCGUGCAGAAAUCUGACUUGAUGAGCGCCUGCAUUUGCAAACGCUGCACGUUCACGGUGCUGCUGUGGGGGGGUGAGGUGAGAACAGAGUUGCUGUUGGGUUUUGGGGUGCUGCAGCAGGAAACCCUGGGCAAGGUACCCAAGCUACAUGCAGUAGGAUUUCCUUUUCACAGAGGGAAUCACAGCAAAAGAAAUGAAGAAGCUGAGGGAAAAGGUAUCUGUGUGCACCUGGGCUAUCAGCCCUGCCCAGACGUAUAAAAAAAAGAAGACAGAGGGUAAUAAAGAGCGUAAAAGCACACCUAACCCUCCUGUUCUACAAAGGAGGGGACAAGUGAGACUACACGAUCUUGGAACAACGUCUCAUUUCCUUCAGAAACAGGGGUUACCAGAGGUCUCCCCCUCAGAAAGGAACAGGGCAGAGAAAUGGAUCUUUGUCUCUUUAAGAUGAGACGAACUGCCACUCUUAGUCAUAUAUCUUUACUGCACCCUAGGGUUAUAAAAACAUACAUCUUCAUUUUGAAAGUCUUUUAUUACAUCCAUAAACAUCAGAUUGCAGCUGACUGUUCCCUGGAUGAGAAUUUCCUAGUACUCCAAGUGAGUUUUGACAGGGGGAGGGAGUGAAAGUAAGAUUGUUGGGUUUUUUUUUUUUUACUGGAACGGUGUUUAUAGGGAACUUGUCAGUCUCUGGCACGCUACAGCCACUGUCAGAGGGCUGAGCAGCAUUGGAGUGAGAGGACACGGGUUUCUCCGCUUAUUUUCACUGUCUGACUCGGGUGCCAUCCCAGGUGCAGCACACGAGAAAGAAGAAUUGUUCCAGAAUUUAUUGGGACAGAUUGCAGAGCAGUUCUCGAGGGUUUUUAAAAUCAAUGAGCUGAAAACGGAAGUAGCUAAUCACUUGGCAAUGCUGGAGAAAAAGGUUGAAUUGGAAGGCCUGAAAGUGGUGGAGAUUGAGAAAUGCAAGCGCGACAUUAAAAAGAUGAGGGAGGAAAUGGCAGCAAGAAGCAGCAGGACUAACUGUCCCUGCAAGUACAGCUUUUUGGAUGAAAACAAGAGACCGGCUCCCCGAAGGGAUGUACCAUCCUACCCAAAGUACAUGCUGUCCCAGGAGACCAUCGAAGCACUUCGGAAACCAACCUUUGACGUCUGGCUGUGGGAGCCCAACGAGAUGCUGAGCUGUUUGGAACACAUGUACCACGACCUUGGGCUGGUAAAAGACUUCAACAUCAAUCCUAUCACGUUAAAGAGGUGGUUGCUGUGUAUUCAUGACAAUUACAGAAACAACCCCUUCCACAAUUUCCGGCACUGCUUCUGCGUGACCCAGAUGAUGUACAGCAUGAUCUCGCUCUGCAGACUCCAGGAGAAAUUUUCCCAGAUUGACAUUUUGAUUCUCAUGACUGCAGCAGUAUGCCAUGACUUGGACCAUCCAGGCUAUAACAACACCUACCAGAUAAACGCGCGGACCGAGCUCGCCGUGCGCUACAACGACAUCUCCCCGCUGGAGAACCACCACUGUGCCGUGGCUUUCCAGAUCUUUUCCCAGCCAGAAUACAACAUUUUCUCCAAUGUCGACCAGGACCAAUUCAAACAGAUAAGACAGGGGAUAAUUACAUUAAUCCUGGCUACAGACAUGGCGAGACACGCAGAAAUACUGGACUCUUUCAAGGAAAAAAUGGAAAAUUUUGAUUAUUCAAAUGAAGAACACAUGACCUGUCUGAAGAUGGUGCUGAUAAAAUGCUGUGAUAUCUCCAACGAAGUCCGCCCGAUGGAAGUAGCAGAGCCCUGGGUGGAUUGUUUACUAGAGGAGUAUUUUAUGCAGAGCGACCGAGAAAAAUCCGAGGGGCUUCCAGUGGCGCCGUUCAUGGACCGCGACAAAGUGACCAAGCCCACGGCACAGAUCGGCUUCCUGAAGUUCGUCCUCAUCCCCAUGUUUGAAACAGUAACAAAGCUAUUCCCAGAAGUGGAGGAGGUGAUGCUCCAGCCCCUGUGGGAAUCCAGGGACCACUACGAGGGAUUAAAACAGAUAGAUGAUGCUAUGAAAGAGCUGCAGAAACAGAAAAGUGAAAGUUUGACAGCCGGCAGCACCGAAAAGUGAGACGAGAAAAGCCCUUGAACAAAACACAAGCCCCGAGGUUGCUCCGGUUUUGAGAAAUGCUGUAUUUGCCAAACAGACGUGGCGGCUGCGUCAAAAUCCAGCUGGGACCGUGCAUGAGGAGAAGUGGCAGGGAUGGAUGUCCUGCCUGCCUGGGCACCUCAUCUACAGCCUGCAGCCUCCUUGCACAGGCGCUGCCGCCGUCGGACGAGGGUUCCCCACGCUCCAACAUUCCCAGCAGGAUUCCCCCUGCGGACAGUGCACAGGCUGCAGCACGGCUCAAACCUCCAGCAGAGCUGCCUUUUUGGUGACCAAACUGUCAGCCACAGUGUGUAGAGACAAAUCAGAGUCUUAGCUAAGGAGCUUUUCCUGGAAAGUGUUCCACUGGCAUCCAAAAACACCAGAAGAAGUUGUUUUAGUGAAGAUACUCUCUCUAUGUGUACAGCAGUAUGCUAAUUACAGCACAGCUUAACAGAUGCUUAUAUACUGACAAGGGUCCUGGCAUACAUUUUUGUUUGCCCAGUAGGCCCUAAUUACACAUUUCUCUGCAUUAUUCCCUGAAUUUUAUAGUGUUCACAGUGCAUUCAGAGGCCCAGCAUAGUGGAUGCAAUUUUCUUUUUUUUUUUUUCUACACUAGAAGAAAUCAGAAGAAACCUUAGUGAGUUUGCAGGGUUGCUUUGUGGCCUGGUACAGCUGGACACCAUGGGAUCCUUCAGCAUGAGCAAAGAAGGAGCACAAAGCUGAAACCACGGUGCAAACACAUUUUUAUCCUUGUUGAUGCAAAAAAGCAACAAAAAAACCCCUUCAAAGAUGUACAGAUUUUUUUUUUUUUUUUUUACUUUUAAACUGAUCUGCUAAAUAAUAUAUUCUUCUACAGAAA